AUGCUUCUGUGGAUACCCUUGUUGUUGGUAUUGCCAAUUGUAGGGGCCUCUCCGGGCGACUCGCUCAUUGCCUUCCAGGAUUGUAUCUACCAGUGUGAACAAACCACAUGUUACGGAAAUCCAUACAAUGUAAUCCAGGAAGAGUUCAGGGAAGAGUUCCAGAAACCCGAAUCUAGAUACGAGUGGAAAUACUACAACGGAGACUGGCAUUUUGCUCGAAUGCCCCUUGCAUGGAAUCUCCGCCUUUUGCUCUGGAAUUGCCAAUCUAAUUGCGAUUACCAAUGUCAAAGAGUAAUCACUUUUGAACGCAAAAAGAGAAACCAGGAGAUUUAUCAGUUCCAUGGAAAAUGGCCAUUUUUGCGGAUUUUCGGAAUCCAAGAGUUUGUCAGCGUGGUUUUCUCGCUAUGCAAUCUAUAUGUCAACUACUUGGGUUUGUUGAAGUUGUGGAAAGCUCGCAAGAUGGCUUCAGAUCCUAAGCAUAAGACACAGUUCAACAACGUCAUAGCCAUGACGAUUAUCACGAUUUUUGCGUGGAUAUUCUCCUCAAUAUUCCACAUUCGAGAUUUUCAAGUUACUGAACAUUUGGACUACUACUUUGCGGGUUUAACGGUCCUUUCGUCGUUUCACACUUUGGGUGCUAGGCUCUUCAACUUAUACAGAGACAAGUAUUGGUUCUGGAGAACACUCUUCACUGUGGUCUGUAUAGCAGCCUAUACGGCACAUGUGUACCGUCUCGUUACCGACUGGUCGUAUACCUACAAUAUGAGAGCCAACAUCACCGUAGGGCUUGUUCAGAACUGCUUCCUUAUCGGAGUGUGUUACAAUCUCUACUCCAAGUACUAUGAAGAGGAGACUUCACCGGAUGAUAAUAAGGGAAAGACCAUCAACCUAUCCCAUUUGCAAUACGUCAAAUUCCGCCAUCUUAUCUUGCCCAGCUUCUUCUCUCGUCUGGCUAAGUUGUACUCAUUGUAUCCUCUCUUGCUUACAUUUAUCGUCACUGUAGGCAUGAGCUUGGAGAUUUUUGAUUUUCCACCAUUCUUCUACGAUUUGAUAGAUGCCCACAGUCUCUGGCACUUGGUAACAAUCUUUCCAGCGUGGUUGGGAUGGUACGACUGGAUGAUCUGGGAUAUCACAGAAAAUGUCUAUGGCCAUAUCGUCGAGGUAGAGAAGAAGAAAAAGGAAUAG